AUGAAGCCAGUUGCAUUGCUGUCCCUUUUUGGACUCAGUGCUAGUCUUGCUGUUCAUCUUCCCGAAGGUUCCUCAGCUGCAGGCUGGAUUCCACAAACGAAGCGAUUCGAGCUCAAUGCCACGUGGGGAUCUUGGGCGGCGGAUGGAGUGAAACGUCAACAAACCUUGAUCAAUGGCCAAUUUCCUGGUCCUCCACUCAUUUUGGAUGAGGGGGAUAAUGUUGAAGUGACUGUGAAUAACUUCAUGCCUUUUAACACAACAAUACACUAUCACGGUAUUGAACAGCUCGGAAGUCCAUGGUCUGAUGGCGUGCCAGGAGUGUCCCAAAAGCUGAUUCCUCCCGGGGGAAGAUUUUUUUACGCAUUCAAAGUUCAGCAACAUGGAACAUAUUGGUAUCACUCCCAUUCUGCUGGGCAGAUCAUGGAUGGCUUUUAUGGCCCUAUUUUUGUUAGACCUCGAGAAAUUGCUGAGAACUUGGCCGGCACGAUUACCAAUGAUACUUUGCACCAAGUUCAGAUAUACAACGCUAUCAGAUCCCCCAUCUUGGUCAUGCUCUCUGACUGGUUCCACCAAAGCUCGGAAAAGCUACGAGAUAUUUCAAUCAAGGCCGAUAUCGAUCCCCUUGACGUGCCACCAUAUUUGUUUGACGAAUGCACCGCUACAAAUGCCACCGAAGAGAUUAUCAAUGUCGAUCCACUGAAUGGAUGGGCAAGUCUCAAUUUCAUUGGGUCUGCGUCAAUUUCAGCUUUGAUCGUUUCGAUCAACAAUCAUUCUCUUUGGGUUUAUGAAAUUGAUGGACUAUACAUAAAGCCCACCAAGGUUGACGCACUGACAAUCAACAACGGCGGCCGAUAUUCUUGCUUAAUUAAGCUGAACCAGUUACCCGGCAACUAUCCAAUCACCGUGGCAAACUCAGGAUUCAAUCAAAAAAUUGCAGGCUUUGCCAGUCUUUCGUACUUGAACGGAGAUCCCUCUGUCAAGUCAACUCCAUCGAUCAACUACGGCGGUGUCAGCACGAGCAAAGAUGUUAUCUCAUUCGAUGAAACCAAAAUUCAAAUGCUUUCCCCAAGUCAGCCAAAGGCAAACCCAGAUGAGACCUACAUCCUCACUGCUGGUCGUAUUCAGCACGCUUGGGAAUGGUCCCUAAACGGGAAUCACUCAUUUUCUUUGGCCUUGGAGGCAACGAAGCCAUUUUUGUGGGAUCCCGUGGCCGCAUCCAAGAGCCCCUUGGUUAUUUCUACAAAGAACAAUACCUGGGUCGACAUUAUUUUUGAUAUGUCGGGAGAGAAAUCUACACUCCAACCCAGUCACCCUCUUCAUAAGCAUUCUAAUCGGGUAUAUGUUCUCGGUUCCGGCACCGGCGCCUUCAAUUGGACUUCGGUGGCAGAGGCUUCAAAGGCUGUUCCAGAAAGUUUCAACCUGAUUAAUCCUCCAAUGAGAGAUACAUUUACAACGCUUCCAGCUUACCAGGGUCAAAGCUGGCUGGCUGUUCGCUAUCAUGCUAACACCGUUUUCUUGUAG